AUGAUCUACAAAAAGUAUCCUUCCAAUCUUAAGAAGAUUGCUCUUACUAUCUUUUUCUUGUUUCUUUCUUCACCAGUUUCCUUGGCCAAGCCACAGAACAAAACCAUUAUCCCGGUGAAAGUGGGGGUUAUUCUUGGUGACCUUGAACAUUCAGUGACCGAGGAGAUAUGGUUGAGUUGCAUAAAAUUGGCCAUCUCAGACUUCUAUGCUUCUCAUGUUCAUUACAAAACAAGGCUGGUCUUGAACAUCAGGGAAUCCAAAAAUAAUAUUGUUGCUGCAGCUGCCAAAGCCCUAGAUCUGAUAAAGAAUGAAAAAGUGAAAGCUAUAAUUGGGCCAGUGACAUCGAUGGAGACUAGCUUUGUUAUUAGUCUCGGAGAGGAAGCUCGAGUGCCAAUCAUUUCAUUUUCUGCAACAAGCCCUUCUCUUACUUCUCUCAGUAGCCCUUACUUUUUCCAGUUUGCACAGAAUGACUCAUCCCAAGUAAAAGCCAUAAGCGCCAUUGUAAAACAUUUUGGGUGGAGACAUGUUGUGCCUAUCUACGUAGACACUUCAUCCGGGGAGGCAGUCAUACCAUACUUAAUUGAUGCCCUGGAAGAGGUUAAUGCUCGUGUACCUUAUCGCAGUGUUAUUUCCCCAACUGCAACCGAUGAUCAGAUCGAAAAAGAGCUUUACAAGUUGAAGACAAUGCAAACUAGGGUCUUUGUUCUGCACAUGACGCCUGAACUAUGUUCUAGGCUAGUUCACAAGGCAAAUGAGAUUGGAAUGAUGACUGAGGGCUAUGUUUGGAUCACAACCAAUGGGUUAACGAAUAGUUUAAAGACUAUCGAUUUUGAGUUCCUUGAUUUGAUUGACGGAGUAUUAGGUGUAGAAACUUAUAUCCCAAAACAACUUCAACAGUUCAUGUCACGAUUGCAUCGGCAGAUUCAAAAAUACACUACAGUCCGUUUAAACUUGGAUGUUUUCGGACUUUGGGCGUAUGAUGCUACUUUUGCACUAGCCAUGGCUAUUGAACAAGUAUAUGGGAAUACAACUAGUGUUGUCCCCCAAGACUUAAAUGUUGCUUCCAAUAAACUGACUGAUCUUGAAAGUGUUGCGGUUUCUCGAGAUGGUCCACAACUUCGCCAAGCUCUGUUAACUACUAGAUUUCAAGGCAUUGCUGGAGAUUUCAGCCUUAUUGAUGGGCAACUUCAAUCAUCAACUUUUCAGAUUGUGAAUAUAAACGGUGGUGCAUCAAGGAAAAUAGGAUUUUGGACACCGCAACAUGGACUGGUGAACAAGACAUUCCUCAGUUCCAAUAUUGGACCUAUUAUAUGGCCGGGAGAUUCUCUCUCUGUUCCAAAAGGAUGGGAGAUCCCAACGAAUGGGAUUAAACUGAAAAUAGGAGUUCCUGUGAAGGAUGGUUUUAUUGAGCUUGUUAAGGUAACAACAGAUCCAAGCACUAACACUACAGAUGUCACGGGCUUCAGUAUUGAUGUCUUCAAGGCAGCAGUAGAAAUGUUACCAUAUGCUCUUCCUUAUGACUUUGUUCCCUUCACCAAUCCUGAUGGCACCAACACCGGGCUCACUUACAAUGAUUUGUGCGAUCAAAAUUUCGAUGCCGUGGUUGGAAUGCCAUACACAGAAGCUGGUGUGGUCAUGGUUGCGCCUGUAAAAGAUAUCAAGAGACAAAGUGCAUGGACUUUCUUGAAGCCUUGGAGAUGGGACCUUUGGCUAACAAUUGCUUGUUUCUUUCUCUUCAUUGGCUUUGUGGUUUGGGUUCUUGAACAUCGAAUUAAUAAACAUUUUCGAGGUCCUCCAGCAUAUCAAGUUGGCACAAGUAUUUGGUACUCCUUCUCCACCAUGGUUUUUGCACAGCCGGCAAGAGUUUAUAGCAACUUGGCUAGAUUCGUGAUGACUGUAUGGAUAUUUGUUGUGUUAGUACUGACAAUAAAUUACACAGCCAGUCUAACAUCACUUUAUACAGUCGAAAAAUUUCAGCCCACUGUUACCACUCUAAAUGAUCUAUUACGAAAUGGGGAUAAUGUUGGCUAUGUAAGAAAUUAUGUUCGUGGUAUCUUGAAUCAAGUAGGGUUUGACAAUUCCAAGCUUAAGGCUUUUGAUACUAUGGAAGAAAUUGAUGAAGCUCUUUCUAAAGGGAGUGCAAAUGGUGGUAUUGCCGCUGUUGUUGAUGAAAGCCCCAACAUGAAGAUUUUUAUUGCAAAGUAUUGCAAGAAAUAUACCAUGCUGGGACCCUUCUUCAAAACUGAUGGCUUUGCUUUUGUGUUUCCUAAACAUUCCCCCCUUGUACGCGAUGUUUCACAAGCACUCCUAAAUGUUACAGAAGGAGAAUUGAUAAUGAACAUUGAAAACAAAUGGUUUAAGAAGGAAAGCCAUUGUCAAGAUCUGAAUACCAAUGUUUCUAGCAAAAGUCUUGGCACUGACAGUUUUUGGGUCCUCUUCGUCUUUGUCGGGUUGGUUUCAACACUAGCUCUCAUCAUAUUUGUAGCUUCCUUCAUUUAUAGGCAUAGGCAUGUAUUGGUGCACUCGGAUACUGAUUCAAAACCCUCGACAUCGGAAAAGGUUCGAGCGAUGUUCAAAAUUUUCAACGAGAAAGACCUUAACUAUCACACUUUUAAAACCAAGCAGCCACAAGAGACGGCUGAGGCCUCAUCGAACAAUAAUAGCUGCCCAAGAAGUCCAGUUCUCCACCACAAUCCAAACCAUAGGGAUUCAUAUUCUGUUUUCGAUAUAGAGCAACCGCAAUAUGAGUCUCCAGAAGAAGCUCUUGCUACUACUGAUGAUGUUGUCACAGUUCAAGAAAUGCACAGAACCACUCCGUGA